CCGAUUACUUGGGACGAAACAGGUGGCCUCGAGACCUGGCUGUGCCUGCCGAUUCGACUUCCUUCUCCUCUCCUCGCGCCUCUCGAUGCCAACCCGAGCAUCGCUAGUGAUCGACUCAGACCGGGGUCGCCCUGCUCUGCUCUCCAGACUAACGAGUGCCAAGUGCUGAGCCUACCGCGUCUAUCUUGCCCAGACGAGCAGCGUCCAUUCCUCCAUUGCCUGGAAUUUUGGAUCCUCAAGGACGAUUCGGGCCUUCGCACUGAAUUUAGUGCCUGAUACCACAACUUACAUACCCGCCAGGGAGCUACAGCUAAGCUUGAAGUUGGCCACUCUGGAUUGGUCGCCUUAGCUGUCCAACACACCGCCUAUAGCUAUAGCUCACUUUUUGUGUGAGAAGACCCAAAGGACCUCCAUCUCCUUCGGAAUACUUGCCUUCUCUCCUUUGGAUUUUUUAUUUCUUCGGGAAGCUUGGAAACUCCUCCUGGAUUGCUUGCAAUAGGAUCAAUGCCCACGGUGCUGGCUGGAUUUACCUUUGCCGGAUUCUGCAGGCCUCUAACAGUGCUUUUUUGAACCCAUCUGUAUCUCCUUUCUUGUCCUGCCUGUCUUUUUCUUUGCUUCUUGUCUGUUUCUUCUUGAGCAAAUAUUUAUUGCUCUUGUUGCAUCUGGUCCUUGCUUAUCCAUCGACUUCCGGACGUAUAUCGCUGCAUUAUCGUUAUGAGCCCUGAAAACAUGGCACAGCCUGGAUUUGCUUACAACAUGCCUUCCGCUACCAACAACCACUGGAACCCGCCUCGCAGCCUUUUCGCUGAACCAUACAACGGCGGCAGACUUGCUGGGAGCCUGUAUCCGAUUUCUAGCAUGAACUUCACGACCAAUGCCUAUCCCUGGGCUGAUAGCCCUCCCGCACAAUCGACUGCAAACUUUUCGAGAAUCGAUCCUCCAGUGUCGGCCCAGCAGUCCUAUGUCCCUCGCUCUCCACCAGGGGCAAACAGUGGUUCCAAUUCCAUCUAUCCCGGCCCGGUAUAUGGAUCCCACAAGCGCAGCAGAUCAUCUGCUUGGGAUGGACAGAGCAGAUAUUCACCCACAGGCUCAGUCGAUGAUAUCAUUGCCUCGCCAAGCCUGUCUGAUUACUCCUUGGACAACGGCCUAGACUUUGGCGUCCCUAGCAACAAACCAAAGCAACAAAACAACAAGGCUCGGUCGCAGCGACGGCCGUCGAAUCGAGACGAAUUUGAUGGCCCUCAUCAAUUCCUACAGCGCCCGCCCCCGGACGUUAUUGCCAUGCAGGAGAGAGAACUCCCGCAUCUGCCAACCAACCUUCACGUCCAGGAACAAGACAACGUUCUUAACCAGGUUAAUGACCGGCUGUCGCAGUGCGCCUACGAUUUCGUGGCCAAAUACCAGUUUCCAAUCCCGCUUACUCAAGACAUGAGGCCCGUAGAGAGGCCACAAGAUCGAGAGUGGACCGAGUGGGUUUACCUCUUGAAGAGACUUGCCACCAAGCGACGCAUUCCCGCUCGAGUGCUAUAUAACGGACAAAUCAAACAGUUUGUCACAAUCCUUGAAAACUCACUAGAGAUGCGGCAUGCUGCCAAGCAUCAGAGCCGCCCUCUGAAAGAUGAUCGCAACAUCCUCCAGCUCAUUUCUGCUGGUAUUCAGGUGGCUAAAAUCCUGAAAGAUGCGUCGGCGAUGGACUAUCUCGACCGACUAUACGUUUCCACGGAGAAGCAGAUACAGGAGCGUGCCAAUGCACGAUUCCGAUCUUAAAACUUCUUCGUCCCAUCUACACCAGUCUCUUUUUUGGCAUUAAUGAUCACGUUUAUUAUGAGACUGCAAAAUUUGAAAAUGACUGAUGAUUUUUUUUUACGUUUUCCGUUCAACAUGAAAAGAGGACAUGGGAGAAUAUCAAUAUUUGUUUUAUAACAUCUAUUCAUGCUACGCCAUUACUAAUGGUAAUGACGACACGUAAACAAAAAAAGUUCGCUCCAUGGCAGCCUGCUUGAGCAAUGUAAAAUGGCGGGCUGUAAUGGGGACUCUGAUGUUUUCUGUUCUUUCUGGUUCUUCUGUUUAUACUAUUAUACUCCUCCGAUUAUGGCCCGCGUCAUGGUGGCCCUUGCAUUUGGAAGCUACAGGACAUUCAUUUUCAGUCGUCAGCAGCAAGCUGUAUAACUAUACUUGGCCUUGAUAACGCAUCAGCUAUCUUUCAAUUGACCAAUCGGCAUGAGAUCCCAAUAACAUACUAUUGCAUUACUUGUAUUAAGUAUCUUGGUAAUCAACCUCUCAACUACUACAUACCACCUGCUGCAACUUUCAAGGAGGAAUUUGGGAGAGCAUAUCACUUUAAGGGGAAAGGAGCGAGGAAGGGAUGGGGAAGGGAUGGGGAAUGGAGUCAUACGAGGCAGCUGUGUCAUUGCCAUGAGCGGCGAUUGGACUAGCAUACUAUGUACCGCGUGAAUUCUAUGAGGAUGACGACAGG